AUGACAGGAACAGAACGUAAAGUCUUCCAGAAAUACUACCCACCUGACUAUGAUCCAACUAAAUUGCCUAGAGCAAAAGGGACAAAAUCAAGGCAAUUCGUUCAACGUGUUAUGACACCUUUCAAUAUGCAAUGUAAUACUUGUCAUGAAUACAUUUAUAAGGGCAAGAAGUUCAACAUGAAGAGAGAAACUGUCGAAGGAGAAGAUUAUCUUGGCUUGAGGCUGUUCAGAUUUUAUUUCAAGUGUCCUAAUUGUUUAGCUGAAAUCACAUUUAAGACGGAUUUAGAAAAUUGUGACUAUCAAAAUGAGCAUGGUGCAACUCGUUUAUUCGAAGCUAUCAAACUUUAUCAAGAUGCAGAGAAAGCUAAAGAAGCAAAGGAGGAGGAGGACAAGAAGGAUCCGAUGAAGAUGCUUGAAAAACGAACCAUGAUGAGUCGUGCAGAAAUGGAAGCCAUGGGUAACCUGGAAGAUUUACAAGAGAUUAGCCGGAAUAAGGAAGCAGUUGAUGUCGAGAGAUUUCUGGAAGCUACUAAACCUGAACUGUCAUUGGCUGAGCAAGUUAAGUUACAAGAGGAGGAGGAUGAAGCCUUGAUAAGCAUCUAUGGCAAAACUGCUGAUGGAAAGAUAAUGAAGAGAAUAGAUGACACAAAGGAAGAGGACGAUGCGACGACACCAAGCACAAGUCGGCACGUGAGUCGUCCUUUUAAUUUCCGUUAG